UAAACCUUCUAGAAGUAUCCUUUUAACAAUUUAUUAUUUUAUUUCCCUCCCUAAAGGUUUCAAGAUUUAUGUUUUGACCAAAAUAAUUAUAAAAGGUACAAACAGAACCCAACAAUUGGUGAAAAAUCACCAAUUUGCUAUUUAAUUCUAUUGAAUUUUACAUUUUUAGUUCCUCUUAGAUAAUUGAUCUCACUAAGUAUAAAUGUAUAAUGAUAAUAAAAAGGAAGAUAAUUUAAUUACCAGAAAUUGGAAUGGAGCAUCUAUCAAAUAGAAAACUUUAAGGGGAUUUUAAUACUUUAAAAUAAUUUUGAGGGGGUUAAAUGUAAAACGUAAAUAAUAUAAAGAAACCCUAAUAAAUAAGUCGUUCAUUGAUCAAUCUUCUCCAAUUCUUGCAGCAUCACUUCUCCGUCGUUCCUCACCACCGAGAUUCGUUCACCGAGAGAUUGAAGCUUGACUCAAUGAGGGGAAGGAGCUACACUCCGUCACCACCUAGGGGUUAUGGGAGGAGGGGUCGAAGCCCAAGCCCUAGAGGCCGAUAUGGAGGUCGUAGCAGGGACCUCCCGACCAGUCUUUUGGUUCGCAAUCUACGCCAUGAUUGCAGGCAAGAAGAUCUCAGGAAGUCGUUUGAGCAGUUUGGUCCUGUCAAGGACAUUUACCUGCCAAGGGAUUAUUAUACCGGGUGAGCAUGUUUUGUAAAUAGGACAACCAACACUUGAUUUUUACUUAUGUUCUGAUUAGAAAAUAUCCCUAUUUUCACAUCUUCUUUCUUGAUUUGUUUACUACGUUUAUCUGCCUUUCCUUUUUCUUUCGGUCAUCUCUUUGUGUCUUCUCAUGGAUACUAGGGCCUUAUGAGAAUCUUCUUAAAAACUGAUUUCAUAAAUUAAAUUUAGGCUCCAUAUUUUUCAGAUAGUAAUUUUCUGUGACAUGACAAUAGACAGUGAGCAUACUUGUGGUCUUAAACCACUAGUUUUCGGUGUCGUUAGGUGGAUUAGUCGUUUAGAAUUUAGUACCUGGUGAGACCUCAUAGUUUUUAGUCGCUUAAGGAAAAGGAUACAUGAUGAUAUGUUCCAUGUCUGAACACACUAUGAGUGAGUUAAUUGAAGUUGUUGAGGUUUAGCAGUGAAUCUAAAGAAUUGAAGACAUCAAAGAAGUAAUUAGAGUUCUUAUGAAGAUGUUCUAUAUGGUAGUGAAGAAUUGAAGUGAAGUUGAGUUUGUAUUCUAUGUGAAGAUGAAUCAAGUCUUCAAGAAGUCAUCUUUGUACUGACACUUGCAAGGCUAGCAGGCAAGUGCUUGCUUUUUUCAUGUUUACUGAUAUCUUCGGUUGCAGGGGAUCAUAUCGCCAGUUGUCCUUCAACAGGAUUGUUAUAAAGUGGUACAUCUUCCUCGCCAUUUUGUAUGUUUGGUUUCUAGUCUGAGAUCUUUUUGUUCUACAUUUUGAAUGCAGAGAUCCGCGAGGGUUUGGGUUCGUUCAAUUUAUGGACCCUGCUGAUGCUGCUGAUGCAAAACAUCACAUGGAUGGUUAUCUUCUUCUUGGCCGUGAGUUGACUGUCGUGUUUGCAGAAGAGAACAGAAAGAAACCGACUGAAAUGAGAGCAAGGGAGCGUGGUGGAGGAAGAUUUCGGGAUAGAAGACGUACUCCACCUCGUUACUACUCUCGCUCUCGUUCUCCUCCCCCUCGACGUGGUAGAUCUCGGUCACGGAGCGGUGACUAUUAUUCUCCUCCCCCUAGAAGACAUCACCCAAGAUCUAUCUCGCCCAGGGAAGAGCGAUAUGAUGGGAGGAGGUCAUACUCGCGCUCACCUGCCUCUGAUGGCUCAAGGGGUCGCAGUUUAACUCCAGUCAGAGGUAAGAGCCGCAGCUUAAGCCCCAGCCCUAGAAGAAGCAUAAGCCGUAGCCCAAGAAGAAGCAGGAGCCCAAGCCCAAAAAGAAAUAGGAGCGUUAGCCCAAGAAGAAGCAUAAGCCGUAGCCCUAGAAGAAGCAGGAGUCCGAGGAGAAGCAGAAGAAGCUACACUCCUGAACCCGCCAGAAGCAGGAGCCAAAGCCCGCAUGGGGGCCAGUAUGACGAAGACCGUUCACCAAGCCAGUGAUUGAUUCGUCACUCUUUUGCUAGUCUUCUCUAGAUUAUGGUUGUGUCUUGUACCCUUAUCCUAAGACGAAGUUAAGAUGAUACUGAAAAGCCGAGAACUUUAUGUUUUGGGUUUUUAUGUUUUGAUCUAUGGAACAUGUGGGGAACAUGGUACUGUUAUUAUAAGUUCUUUAAGAUAUAAUCUGAGGUUAUUAUGAUAGUUGCAACAUUGGUCAACCACACAAGGAGCUCAUGGAGGAAGCUUUUUGGAUUACUUGCGAAUAUAUCAGCUCUAGUUUUUGUUAUCCGUCGUAUCAACCAAAGCAUUUUCAAG